AGAUCAACGGUCUCUGUAAAAAACGAAUCUCCUUUUGCACUAACGCGUCCUCUGAAAAAAAAAAAAAAAACCACCCAAAGCGAUCAAAUCGAUUCCAUCAAAAAAUCACCCGCCCGAAUUUGACUCUUGCUAGAUCUCGAUCGUCGUCUCCGAAUCUCCUGGCGUAUUCCAUAUAACUAGAUCUUUUGAUUCGAGUGUAUUGUAAUCUCUCUGAGUCGGAAUGAGAAAUUGAUUCGAUACGAACUAGGGAUCUGUAGUUUCGGGACAGAUAGAUACCGGAGUCUGUGUUGAAGACGACGAGUUAUGACGGGGAAGAGUGACUCGGUGUCGAUCUCGGUGCCGUAUAGGAAUUUGAGGAAGGAUGUUGAACUUGAGAUGGUGACGAAGCAUCAAAUGGAACCCGCUUCUUCUUCGUCUUCUCCUUUGAAUCAUCAUGAUUCGGCCGAUGGUGAAACUGUGUCGAAGAAUUGUAGCUUAGUCACGCUGGUUCUUAGCUGUACAGUCGCUGCUGGUGUUCAAUUUGGAUGGGCAUUGCAACUUUCUCUUCUCACUCCUUACAUUCAGACCCUUGGAAUAUCGCACGCUUUUUCUUCAUUUAUUUGGCUAUGCGGCCCAAUUACAGGCCUUGUGGUCCAGCCUUGUGUUGGCAUUUGGAGCGAUAAUUGUACUUCAAAGUAUGGAAGAAGACGACCAUUUAUUCUCGUGGGAUCACUCAUGAUCUCAAUAGCAGUGAUUAUUAUCGGGUUUUCUGCAGACAUUGGGUAUCUGUUAGGAGAUACAAAGGAACAUUGCAGUACUUUCAAAGGCACACGGACCAGGGCAGCUUUUGUCUUUAUCAUCGGGUUUUGGUUGUUGGAUCUAGCAAACAACACAGUACAGGGACCUGCUCGUGCUCUUCUAGCUGAUCUAUCAGGUCCUGAUCAGCGGAACACUGCAAAUGCUGUGUUCUGCUUGUGGAUGGCUGUUGGGAAUAUUCUUGGGUUUUCUGCUGGUGCUAGCGGACGAUGGCAAGAAUGGUUCCCUUUCCUAACUAGUAGAGCAUGUUGUUCUGCAUGUGGAAAUCUUAAAGCGGCGUUUCUUCUUGCAGUGGUCUUUCUCACUAUAUGCACUCUAGUCACAAUCUAUUUUGCUAAAGAGAUUCCUCUGACAAACAAUGAGCCCACCCGCAUACCAGAUUCUGCACCUUUGCUGGAUGAUCUCCAGUCUAAUGGCCUUCAGCUCUCAAAUAAUGGUACUGCCAAUGGGUUAAAUUAUGAGAGAGUGGAACGUGAUAUGGAUGUACAGCUCGACAAGUCAACGAAUGAGCAUCAAGAUGGGGCCUCCAUUGAUGGCCGCCCUGGAUCUGUUUUAGUGAAUUUGCUAACCAGUUUAAGGCAUUUGCCUCCUGCUAUGCACUCAGUUCUUAUCGUCAUGGCUCUAACAUGGUUAUCGUGGUUCCCCUUCUUUCUGUUUGAUACAGAUUGGAUGGGAAGAGAAGUUUACCAUGGGGAUCCCAAGGGAAAUAGUUUACUUGUGGAACUCUAUGGUCAAGGUGUCCGUGAAGGUGCAUUUGGUUUGCUACUAAACUCUGUUGUUCUUGGGAUCAGCUCAUUCUUAAUUGAACCAAUGUGUCAGCGGAUGGGUGCACGAGUUGUAUGGGCUCUGAGCAAUUUCAUUGUAUUUGCCUGCAUGGCAGGAACAGCUGUAAUUAGCUUGAUGUCUCUCAGGGAUAACUCUAAAGGAAUCGAACACAUAAUAGAUGGAAACGAAACAACAAGAACUGCAGCUGUAGUCGUCUUUGCACUACUUGGUUUUCCUCUAGCUAUCACAUACAGUGUUCCUUUCUCUGUCACAGCAGAAGUCACUGCGGAUUCUGGUGGCGGUCAAGGUUUGGCUAUAGGAGUUUUGAACCUCGCAAUCGUCGUUCCACAGAUGAUAGUAUCGCUUGGAGCGGGUCCAUGGGAUGCAUUGUUCGGAGGAGGAAACUUACCGGCGUUUGUUAUGGCGUCUGUUGCUGCUUUUGCUGCCGGAGUUAUUGCUCUGCGUACCCUUCCGACAUUAUCUAGUUCUUUCAAGUCCACCGGUUUCCAUAUCGGCUAAAAUCUUUUAUACCGGGACUCCAAUACGGCAACACUAAACCGAGGAGUCUCAUGCUUUUUCGGUCGGUAUAGAUUUCAAAUUCAUAUUUAGAUCCAUUCGAUUCUUUUUGACCAUGCUCUCCUCAACGUAUAUGUAGGUUUUGUACAUGUAGUUUUGUUAUAUGUAUACUCAACAAUGUGAAAUUUACAGUACCUCUCUUAUCACUUGAAAGGUUCAAUUAUGUUUAUCGUAGUGGUUAUCUUGGUUA